AUGGAUGAACCUCCUCAUCAUCACCACCAUCACCUUGUACAUAGCCAAGAAAGACAUUCUUACGAUAGUGCCAGCAGUGCAUACUCCAAGCGUCAAAAGGUGUUUUCCUUUGUAUCUCUUCCAGGCAUCAAUCAACCCAAGCGACCAAGAAGACGAUACGAUGAAAUUGAGCGAUUGUACCACUGCAACUGGCAGGGAUGCAACAAGUCAUACGGUACAUUGAACCAUUUGAAUGCGCAUGUCUCUAUGCAGAAACACGGACCCAAACGUCAACCUACGGAAUUCAAAGAACUGCGAAAGCAAUGGCGUCGCAGCAAGAAGGAGCGCAUGCAAUCAGUGUAA